UCUCGAACAGCUUCCGGCCCCAGCAGAACAUCUCCUGAAAGGACACCUGCAACCCGCCUUUUCACUUGUCGCAUCUCGUCAACCGCAUCUUCCUCUCAACUCAAUUCUCCUCUCCCAAACGUCCUUUGUCAAAAUCAGCAAUCAUGUCUGUUCCUAACUUCGGAGACAUCGCCAAGUCGGCCAACGACCUCCUCAACAAGGACUUCUACCACCUCUCUGCCACCACCUUCGAGCUCAAGAGCAACACCCCCAACAACGUUGCCUUCAAGGUCACCGGCAAGACCUCCCACGAGAAGACCACCGCUGGAGCUAUCGAGGGCAAAUACUCCGACAAGGCUACCGGCCUCACCCUUACCCAGACAUGGAACACCGCUGCUGCCCUUGACACCAAGGUUGAGCUCGCCGACAGCCUUGCCAAGGGCCUGAAGGCCGAGGGUGUCUUCUCCUUCCUGCCCUCCGCCGGCGAGAAGGCCGCCUCCAAGAAGGGCGCCAAGUUCAACCUUACCUUCAAGCAGAGCAACUUCCACAGCCGCGCUUUCUUCGACCUCCUGAAGGGCCCCACCGCCAACAUCGACGCCGUCGUUGGCCAUGAGGGUUUCCUCGCCGGUGCCUCUGCUGGCUACGACGUCCAGAAGGCCUCCGUCACUGGCUACGCCGCUGCCGUCGGCUACCAGGCCCCUACCUACAGCGCUGCCAUCACCGCCAGCGACAACCUCAGCCUCUUCGCUGCCUCCUACUACCACAAGGUGAACAGCCAGGUUGAGGCCGGUGCCAAGGCCACCUGGAACUCCAAGGCCGGCAACAACGUCGGUCUUGAGGUCGCCAGCAAGUACCGCAUCGACCCCGUCUCCUUCGCCAAGUUCAAGGUCAACAACAACGGUGUUGCCGCCCUUGGCUACAACGUCCUCCUCCGCGAGGGUGUUACCCUGGGUCUUGGUGCCUCCUUUGAUACCCAGAAGCUCGACCAGGCCACCCACAAGCUUGGCGCCAGCUUCACCUUCGAGGGCUAAGCUUCUUUCACCGCAUGUAUUCUUGACGAGGACAAUUCAUUCAGCUUUUUUUUCCGGCCUGGUAGCGGACCCAAUGCUCUUCGCAUUUCAUUUGGAGGCUCCUUUCUAGUGUAGAUUAGUUCGGGGAGUAAUUGAGUUUGGUCGACCGGGAACAGCAUGAUCUUUGUUCCGACGUGGCAUUCAUUCCACGUGAGGUCUUGAUUACUUGGUGAAG